GCUGGGGCUCGGCGGCGCACGGCCGGGUCGGUGCGCAGGUGUGAGCUCUGAGAGGCGGAGAAGCGCGCCGGGCCCGGGAAUUCUCAGAUUCAGAAAUAUUUGAUCUUGAAGAAAAUGAAGCGAAAUACUACCAAAACAAAUGCUGCCCCAGUCAACAGCACCAAGUCGGGCAGCACCAAUGCCAGGGAUUUGAUGUGCAAAAUGGCGACUUCACCAGAUUGGCAUAAUUUGUAUCCUCACACACGAAAAUUCACCUACUCAAGACCCCAUUCUUCACCAUGUAGAGUGUAUUCAAGGAAUGGUUACCAAAAUAUGUUUAGACCUUCUUCUUCAGCUACUGCUAUUGCAAAUCCGAUACUGUCCUUCUUAGAUGUUAAACGGAUUUUAUUUCAAAAAAUUACUGAUAAAAAGGAUGAGUUGAAAAAAGCCUUCCAGCUGCUUGAUACUGAUCGGAACCUGACAGUGUCAAAAAGUGAACUGAGAAGAACGAUCACAGCCUUCCUGAUGCCUCUGACGAGAGAGCAGUUUCAAGAUGUGUUGGCACAGAUCCCUCUCACCAGCUCUGGAACCGUACCCUACCUUGAAUUCCUCUCGAGGUUUGGCGGAAUUGACCUUAAUAUAAAUGUUAUAAAGAGGGGAGGUGAGAAUGAAAUGAAUUGCUGCCGGCCAUUAAAAGAACUUGAAGUCCAAGUAGGAGAAAAGGUUUUCAAAAACAUGAAAACUGUUAUCAAAGCCUUGAGGCUCAUUGAUGUUAACAAGACUGGGCUGGUUCGACCACAUGAGCUCAGAAGGGUUUUGGAGACCUUCUGUUUGAAGAUGAGAGAUGAGGAAUACCAACAGUUUGCAAAACACUACAACAUUGAUAAAGAUACUUCAGUGGAUUAUAAUGUGUUUCUGAAGAACCUCAGCAUAAAUAAUAACUUGAACCUUCGAUAUGUCAUGGGAAAUCAAGAGAUUUCAUGGGAGAAUCAACGAGCCAAAGAUUCUAAAAAGGAGCAUUUGCUCAAUUCUGUGUCAUCUGAGGGCGUCUGGAAAAACUACUCCUUAGAUGACAUUGAGAGGAUCUUUUGCCAAGAGCUUUCCAAGUCCUAUGAAAAGAUCGAAAAAGCCCUCAGUGCAGGGGACCCCUCGAAAGGUGGCUAUGUAUCUCUGAAUUACCUAAAGAUUGUCCUUGACACCUUUGUCUAUCGAUUACCGAGAAGAAUUUUUAUCCAGUUAAUGAAAAGAUUUGGUCUUAAAACUACUGCUAAAAUCAAUUGGAAGCAAUUUUUAACAUCUUUUCAUGAGCCUCGGGAGUUGGAAGUUAGCAUUCUUGUUCCCCCAACAAAAAGAAAUAGCAUCGACUGUAGAAAUCAAUCGCACAAGGAAGAUUUUCUCACAAAGCUAUUGAAACAUGCUGGAGACCGCUAUAUAUCGUUGAAGAAAGCGUUACUAUUAAUCAACACUAAAUCCGAUGGAGAGGUAACCAGGGAAGAGCUGUGGCAUAUACUGAGCCGCAUGGCCGUAAAGCUAAGUGACUCCGAGUUCAAAGAGCUGUUGGGGGCACUAGACCCCGGGAGCACCGGCGUGGUCAAGGUCAGCACACUCAUUGACCUGCUUGAGGACACCCCUAAGGCGAGUAAAGUAUCCCCCUGCGUGGACCCUAAGACACCUCUCCUCCUGGCUUGGGAUUCGGUGGAAGAAACCGUGCAUGACGCAAUCCUUAGGAAUCUACAAGCGUUUUAUCGCAUGUUGCAGUCCUAUGACCUUGGAGACACGGGGCUCAUUGGUCGGAAAAGCUUCAAGAAAAUCAUGCUCACGUUCUGCCCAUCUCUGACAAACGAGCACAUCAUAAAACUCUGCAGUCGAUUUCAUGACACCACUUCAGGAAGAAUCUUUUACAAGAAACUUUUGGCCUGCAUAGGAGUUAAUGGCCCGCCCCCCGUCUCUCCAAUUCUGGUUCCAAAGGAUCAGCUGUUAAGUGAACAUUUUCACACAGAGAAACAGCCACCGCCAGAGCUUUCUGAGAGAGCUCGGCCCCCUGAGGUGAAGACCGAACCGGCCAAGAGUAUGACCAAAGAGGAAGUCGUUGAAAAACUCAAAGCCUGUAUACAGCAGCAGGACCCUGUGUUCAGAGGACACUUCCUGGGGGUCAGCAAGGACCCAGGAAGGAAAAUUACUGUCCAUGACUUUAAGAAGGUGCUGGAGGACAGUGGCAUGCCCAUGGACGACCACCAGCUCGCCCUGCUGGCUGCGAAAAUAGGCUAUAAGGAAGAAGGGAUGAGCUACCUUGAUUUUGCCACAGGCUUCGAAGACCCUGCACCAAGUGGGCCAGAAGCCACUCUGCCUCUGACUCCAGCUCCUUCAAAAAGUCACUUGAACAGCCACUUCAUAACUGCUGAAGAAUGCCUCGCGCUUUUCCCCGGGAGAGUGAAGGAGUCGUUCCAGGACACCUACGCUGCCUUCUUUAAGAUCGACGCCGACAGAGACGGCAUCAUCGGCAUGCAGGACCUGCACAGGCUGCUGACGCUCCUGCUGCUCAACCUCAAAGACGAGGAGUUCGAGCGCUUCCUCGGCCUUCUCGGCCUGAGACUCAGCGUCACUUUAAACUUCCGGGAAUUUCACAGGUUGUGUGAGAAGAGACCCUUAGGAACAGACGAUGCGCCUCAGAGACUCAUUAGACCAAAACAGAAGGUCGCGGAUUCAGAACUAGCUUGUGAGCAGGCUCAUGAGUAUCUUGUUACCAAAGCGAAAAACAGAUGGGCAGACUUGUCUAAGAAUUUUAUAGAAACUGAUAACGAGGGCAAUGGUAUUCUGCGAAGACGGGAUAUAAAGAACGCUCUGUAUGGCUUUGACAUUCCCCUCACACCAAGAGAAUUUGAAAAGCUGUGGACAAGGUAUGACACGGAGGGAAGAGGACACAUUACUUACCAGGAAUUUUUAGAGAAAUUGGGCAUUAGCUACUCCCCGGCUGUCCACCGGCCCUGUGCUGAGGAUUACUUCAACUUCAUGGGUCAUUUCACGAAACCACAGCAGAUACAAGAGGAGAUCAGGGAGCUGCAGCAGGGCGCUGAGAAGGCAGCCGUGCCCGCCAGGGAUAAGCUUAUAGACCACUACGAAGAGAUCAGCAAAGAACUGGGCAAGCUCGAUAAGUCCAAAGGUGGCUACGUGUCCGUAUGCAGGGUUCGGGAUGAAAAAAAAAGCUGUCCUCUCGAGGAAGAGGAGUUGACCGGUCUCCUGCACAGUUGGGGAAUCAGCUGGCAUGAUAAUUCCAUCAAUUCCCUUGAGUUUUUGAGAGCAAUAGAGAACAGCAAGCCAGACAGACCUCAGCCAAAAGAAAAAGAAGAGCGCCUGCCCAUCAGUUUCUCAGCGCUGACUCCGGAGGAGAUCGUGAAGAAGGUCCAGGAAGUGGUCGACUCCUCCCGGCCGGCGUUGUUAAAGGCAUUUUCCGCAUUGGAUAAGGAAGACACGGGGUUUGUGAAGGCCACAGAAUUUGGACAAGUUCUGAAGGAUUUCUGUUGCAGACUGACAGAUAAUCAGUACCAUUAUUUCCUGAGGAAACUGAGGAUUCACCUAACCCCCUAUAUACACUGGAAGUACUUCCUCCAGAACUUCGGCGGCUUUCUUGAAGAGACGGCUGACGAGUGGGCUGAGAAAAUGCCCAAGGGCCCGCCGCCCAGAUUGUCCAAGGAGAUUGCAGACAAAGACAUCCUGGCACGUCUCCACAGAGCGGUGGCUUCCCACUACCAGGCCAUCGCCCAGGAGUUCGAGAACUUUGACACCAUGAAGACAAACACCGUCUCCAGGGACGAGUUCAGGGCCAUCUGCACACGCUACGUCCAAAUCCUGACGGAUGAGCAGUUUGACAGACUCUGGAGCGAGGUGCCGGUCAACGCCAAGGGCAAGCUGAAGUACCAGGACCUCCUGAGCAGGUUCAGCACCGAGGGGACAGCAAGCCCGCCAGCCACUGGUGACUCAGCAAGGGCCCAGCGAGGGAGCAGCGUGCCCGAGGCCUCAGAAGUAGCCAGGUCGGCCACCUCCUCGCCCACCCAGGAUCCAGCAGCAAGGCCGAAGUUGCAGAGCCACCCCUGUACCCCGGGGAGUGCGACCGGGCCGUGCGUCCUGCCCUUGCAGAACUGCGAGCCCAUCGAGAGCAAGCUCAGGAAGAAGAUUCAAGGCUGCUGGCGCGAGCUCCUGAAAGAAUGCAAGCAGCUGGACGUGAACCGGCAGGGGGAGAUCACCACGUCCGAGUUCCUGGCUCUCGUGGAGAAGUUCAACCUGGACAUCAGCAAAGAGGAGCGCCAGCAGCUGGCCACGAAGUACGACCUGAGGAACAAGGGGACGUUCGCCUACUGUGACUUCAUCCAGGGCUGCGUGCUCCUGCUCAAGGCCGGGGAGACCUCGCUGCUGCAGAGGCUGAAGAUCCAGAACGCGCACAGAAUGAAAGAGGCCGGGGUGGAGACGAUGUCCUUUUACUCCGCUCUGCUGCGCAUCCAGCCCCAGAUCGUGCACUGCUGGCGGCCCAUGCGGCGCACGUUCAAGGCCUACGACGCAGGCGGGACGGGGCUGCUGAGCGUGGCGGACUUCAGGAAGGUGCUGAGACAGUACAGCAUCAACCUCUCUGAGGAGGAGUUCUUCCACAUCCUGGAGUACUACGACAAGACCCUGUCCUCCAAGAUCUCCUACAACGACUUCCUGCGGGCGUUCCUCCAGUAGGAUCGCCUGCCUGGGAGAAGGCACCUUCCAGAGCGUCUCCUGUAACAAACCUGCACCCACACCCAGCCGCCCCCCCCGGGUGGGCGAGGGCACCCCGGCCUUGGGUCUGGUGGGUCUCCCAGGCGCCACAGGCUGCCCUGCCGAGCCUCAGGCACCCCCCUUGUUCGUGCAAAU